UUCCCCGCAGGUCAAGGAUGGUAAAUGUGAUGGGUGAUGCCAGCUGCUGGUUCCUGCUCGGGCUGUCCCUGCUGCCCAUCUCCGGGCUGGGCUCCCAGGACAACGGGAAGAUCAUCCACAUCAACAAAGUCCAGCACCAGCCGCAGCGGGUGGGGCUGGCUGAGCCCGUGGCCCUGCCCUGCCUUUUCCUGCUCCACCCCUCGGCCGCCCUGGGGCCCAACCACCCGGCGGUCCCGCCUCGCAUCAAAUGGAGCAAGGUGCAGUCGGCGUCCGGCCAGAAGCAGGACGUGCCGGUCCUGGUGGCCCAGGAGAACGUGGUGAAGGUGGGGAAGGGCUACGAGGGGAGGGUGUCCCUGCCCGGCUACGCCAGCAACCGCUACAAUGCCACCCUGGCGAUCGGCGCGGCCCGGGCCAGCGACGCCGGGCUGUACCGCUGCGAGGUGGUGGCCGGCAUUGACGACGAGCAGGACCUGCUGCCCCUGGAGGUCACCGGUGAGUCGGGCCGGGGCAGGUCGACUGGGCGUGAGGCCGCCUUCGAAGACGGCUACGACAAUUGCGAUGCCGGCUGGCUGGCCGACCAGACUGUCCGGUACCCCAUCACGCUCUCCAGGCCUGGCUGCUAUGGAGACCGCAGCAGCCUCCCGGGCAUCCGCAGCUACGGGGUGCGGGAAGCCAGCGAAGCCUACGACGUGUAUUGCUACGCCAGGGAGCUCCAAGGGAAAGUGUUCUACGUCUCCACGCCCGGGCGGCUGACGGCCCAGGGAGCCAAGAAGCACUGCCAGAGCCGGGGGGCCUCGCUAGCCACCACGCGCCAGCUGUACUUACCGGUGAUCGACGCGGCCCCCGAGGGCGUCCUGGCCGAGGCUCCGGGGCUUUCUCUGGCCGACAGCGGGAGCGGCGAGGAGCCAUCGCUGCCCUUCGUGGGGGCACAGGAGAGCCUGGCCUGGAUCGAGGAGAGCAACGCCAGCGUGCUGGACAUUGACGACUGCCUGUCCAGCCCGUGUCAGAACGGGGGCACCUGCAUCGACGAGAUAAACUCCUUCGUCUGCCUUUGCCUGCCCAGCUAUGGGGACAGCCUGUGCGAGAAAGGACUCUCCCCAGGCUUUGGGCAUGAGAACACCUGGAUCGGGCUCAACGACCGGAUUGUGGAGCAGGAUUUCCAGUGGACGGAUAACACAGGCCUGCAAUACGAGAACUGGCGGGAGAACCAGCCCGACAACUUCUUUGCGGGCGGCGAGGACUGCGUGGUGCUGGUGUCCCACGAGAUCGGCAAGUGGAACGACGUCCCCUGCAACUACAACCUGCCCUACAUCUGCAAGAAAGGCACAGUGCUGUGCGGGCCCCCCCCGGCCGUGGAGACCCCCUUCCCCGUGGGCAAGCCGAGGGAGAAAUACAGCGUCCACGCGACGGUGCGGUACCAGUGCGAGGGCAGCUACGUCCAGAGGCACGUCCCCACCAUCAAGUGCCACAGCAACGGGAAGUGGGACCGGCCCAAAAUCCUCUGCACAAAACCCAGACGGUCGCACAGAAUCCGGCGCCAUCACCGCCACCGCCACAACCACCAGCACCACCACCGCUCCCGCAAGGAGCGGAGAAAACACCGGAAGCAGCUCCAGUUGGACUGGAUGGAGGAAGGCAACUACUUCUAGAGGCCAGUGACGAGCAAGCACAAGAUCCCCCCUCUCCCCGCCCCGGGAUGAGACGGGCACGUGUGUGUGAUGGGAAAGCGGGGCCUUCACUGACCCCCGGCCCCUUUUCUAAGCCCCUCUGCGUUAGUUCCUUAGGACACCCCCGACCAGGCAGCAGGACGGAGACGGUUCCCCUCCCCAACUCUGGCUCCUCCGCUGGGCUCCUUAGCCCGGGUCCCACUGGUCUUCUGCAAGGGAGACUCCGGUUUUUUAAUAUACCCCCCUUUCCUUUUACCCUCCCUGCCAGGGCCCUUCUGCCGCUCCUCUCCUCCGGUGGGCGUUAUCUUCUCUUCCUCUCGGAGCCAGUGGUACCCUGGCUGGCUAGACGUGCAGCGGCCCCGGCAGCAGGGGUGAAAGUAAUUUCUUGCAGGUCCUAGUGUCCUAUUGCAACCCGGACCCCCUGCCCGCUCUUUCAAUAGCCCCCUGCUGGCUUUUGCCACGGCUCAGACCGCGGCCGGGGCGCCCCCGCAGCCUUUGUCCUCCGCGCAGCAGCGAGACACGUUCCCGCCCCCAGCACCGCAGGUUCGAAACCAACGUCCUUUCUAAACGCGCCGCUCCCGUGCGAGCCCACGGGAUCUGCCCGACCGGCCUGGGAAAACAAAGCGAUCGCCGCCACCGGUGGCGUCCAACUCACCCAGCGUCUCGGAAUCCCUCCCGUUCCGUCUGUCUCCCUUGUAUUUGCUGUCUUCGUUCCCACGGGGCGAGAGGUAGAAAGACCAGGAGGAGCAGGUGUCCCUGGGUAUCCAGGGCGGCUUUGGCGUUGGGGCGCCUCUCGCUCAGGGUUGCCAGGUGUCUGGUAUUCAACCGGACAGUCCGGUUUUGGGGCCCUCUGUCCGGUAAAAAAAGUUCAGAAAAUAC